AUGGAAGCAUUUCUCGGAUCCUGGAAGCUCGACCACAGCGAUGGCUUUGACGAAAUAAUGGGCCGUCUAGGCGUCAAUUUCGUCACCCGUAAGGCCGGCAACACCAUGAAACCCACGAUGACAAUCACGAAGGAGGGUGAUCACUACAAGAUGGUGUCCUCCAGCACCUUCAAAACUACCGGUUUCGAGUUCAAGCUGGGCGAGCCCUUCACAGAGACCACACCAGACGGUCGAAAGGUGACCUCAACCAUAACUAUGGUUGGCGAUAUGAUGAAGCAAAUCCAAGUGGGUGAUAAAACCACAGAAAUCGAGCGGAGGGUCGACGGUGACUAUAUAAGGACGGUAAGUGAAACUGAUCAUGCUCGGCUGCCCCAAUCCUUUUUGACUUCCUUGCCGUACACAAUGUUUGGCUGUCAAUUGAGUCCUAGAUGA